AUGGAGGGCCUAGCAAUUCCUCCUUACACGCCUACCCAUCCAGACACCCAUCAACCACUCAUCCGACGUAUCCUCAUCGCCAAUCGUUCGGAAAUCGCUGUCCGAAUUAUCCGAGCAUGUCAGCAAAUUGGGAUUACCAGUGUAGCUGUCUACACUGACGCUGAUGGAGGCGCGCCUCAUGUCAAGUUGGCAGAUGAAGCCAUCUUCAUAGGGAGGAUCGAGGGGAGUAAGGUGCACCCUCAUCAGGAUAUCAAGUUGUUGGUCAACAUGGCCAAGAAAGCCAAAGCGGAUGCUAUUCAUCCAGGCUACGGCUACCUCUCCGAGAAUGCAGCCUUUGCACAAGCCGUUCAGGACGCUGGCCUCAUCUUCAUCGGCCCCUCUCCAUCCAGCAUCUCCCUCCUCGGUGACAAGAAGUCAGCUAAAGAGUACCUCAUGACACAUGCAAAGCACGUGCCUCUGAUCCCGGGUUACUCCGAUGAAGAACAAGUACCCUCACAUUUAGCCGCCAAGGCCUGUGAAAUCGGGUUCCCAGUUCUCAUCAAGGCCGCUUCCGGCGGUGGUGGAAAGGGCAUGCGAAUUAUCCGCUCAGAGCAAGGGGAUCUGGAGGGUGUAAUUAAAGCUGCGCAGCAGGAGGCCGGUAGGCAUUUCGGUGGUGAUGAGCGUGUCUUGGUGGAGAAGUAUGUGGACGGCGGCAAACAUGUCGAAGUUCAGAUAUUCGGAGACAAUGCUAAGACACCGGGUGGUAAGGUUUGGGUGCUUGGUGAACGUGAAUGCUCAGUUCAGCGCCGUCACCAAAAGGUGGUCGAGGAAUCGCCGUCUCCUCUCCUCUCCUCGGAGACUCGGGCAGCCAUGUUCCGCGCCGCCCAAGAAAUCGGUGAACUUCUCAAAUAUGAGGGUGCCGGUACAGUUGAGUUCAUCCUCGACCCUCCUACUCAGAAAUUCUACUUCUUGGAAGUGAACACUCGCAUCCAGGUCGAGCAUACGAUCACCGAACAAGUAACCGGCCUUGACCUCGUCACCCACCAAAUCUUUGUCGCUGGAGGCGGUAAACUAGCAGACUGCCCACAACUCGCAAACCUCCAAAUCAGAGGCCACGCCAUCGAAGCUCGUCUCUGUGCCGAAAAUCCGGCGAUGGAUUUUGCCCCUUGCACGGGGACUAUCAGACUCUUCGCAACCCCGGAAGAGGACCGUGCGAAUCCGAUCCUGGGUUUAAGGCUCGAUACGGGUGUUGAGACUGGUUCACAGAUUACAAGUCACUUUGAUUCAAUGAUUGCGAAGAUCACUGUGUAUGCUCCUACUCGUGAGCAGGCCAUUGAGAAGCUGGCGUUGGUGUUGAGGAAGACGGCAUGUCUCGGCGUUAUCACGAACCUUGAAUUUAUCAGUGCCAUCAUUCAACACGCCGAGUUCCGGAGUGGACGGUAUACGACGAACUUCAUUGAGGAGAACAUCGACGAGCUGCUUGCUAGUUCUAGGGGAAUACUUGUCGGCGAUCCCUAG